AUGGAGUCAGCUACUAGGUUUGAAGUGGGAAGAGGAAGAGUCGAUGAAGGGAAGCAGCAGCAAAGGGACUUCUUUAAAAUGCCACUGCACUACCCAAACUAUUCAAAAGCCGACUACGACAGCAUGCCUGAAUGGAAGCUCGACCGCCUUCUGUCUGAGUACGGCCUUCCAGUUGUUGGAAGUGUGGAGCACAAGAAGAAAUUUGCCAUGGGAGCUUUCCUUUGGCCUCACUAA